ACAACACAAUUAUAAUUUUUUAUUGUAUACCAACCUUGAUCAAUUGAAUGAAGAACUACCAUUUACAAGCGACCCAAGGAUAAUAGUUCUCAAGAGGAGGGUCAGACGGGUGACCUGUAAAAACUUCAAUUAAUUAUAUAUCUUUUGGCUCUAUUUGGGCCAUGCUUAUCCAAUAUGUUUUACUUUUUUUUUGGGGCAGAUGAAGUGUUCAUCCAGAGUUGCAUGCAGCCUCCGGUGCCUACAGCUGUAGCUGUACAGAGAGAAGAACAAAGAGGUGCCACACAAGCAGCCCUGCAUGCGCUCCAUUUGCUUACAAACCAGCAAGAACGCAUGCACAGGUGCUACGUGUCCAUCCUAGUCUCCUCGCCAUUCACGGCACUCACCUCACCUAUAAAUACCACCACCUUCUUCACCCAUCCAACCCAACCUCUAUCCACUUUCACUACUUGUUUCUGCAAGCCAUGGCCAAACUCAUGAUCCUCAUAGCAUUGCUCAUCCUGGCGGCCUCCAUAGCGGAAGCGUCCAUCUACAGGACGACCACAGUGACCACCUACGAGACAAUGGACGAGAAUGACAACCAAAUGCCACGUAAGUGCCGGCAGGAGAUGAUGCAGACCAGGAUGGACUCAUGCCGAGAAUUCAUGAGGUCAGGCCGGACGGCAAUGCUGAGAACCAUCCUCCAAGAAGACGAGGAACAAGAAGAUCAACAGCCACCUCAGGAAUGCUGCAGUAACCUCAGCAACGUCAGCCGUGAAUGCCGCUGCCCUAUACUACAAAAGAUGAUGCAGGACAUGCAGCAGAGCCGCCCCGGCGAGCAGGGACAACAGCAGCAGAAGAUGGUCUCCCGCGCCGAGCGCCUCCCUGAGAUGUGCGGCCUUCGUCCCCAGCGCUGCCACAUCCGCCCGCAGCCAUCUUUCUUCUGAGAUGAUGAACUUAAAACCCAGCUUGUUAGUAACAAUCUAAAUAAUCAUAAAGACUAGAACGCACAUUAUCGUGUGUGUACUCUGGUUUCUCUCAUGAAUAUAAUGAAAUAAAAAGCUGGUUCUAUUAUAUAUAAUAAAAUAUAUUUGUAGUUG